AUGCGUCUCGAGAAGUGCUGGUUCUGUAGUUCAACCAUCUAUCCUGGUCACGGCAUUUGUUUCGUACGGAAUGAUUCUAAAAUGUUCCGCUUUUGUCGCUCCAAGUGCCACAAGAACUUCAAAAUGAAAAGAAAUCCACGUAAAGUUAAGUGGACAAAAGCAUAUCGCGCAAUUCAUGGUAAAGAUCUAAGUGGAGAUAACGUGUUCAACUUUGAGCGACGACGUAAUCGUCCAGUGAGAUACAGUAGAGAAUUGACUCAUAAAACCAUGGCAGCUCUCAAAACUGUUGAGGGAAUCCGUAGCAAGCGCGAGAAAAGACACUACGAUGGGCGCAUGAAAGGGCUCACAGAUGAAAGAAGACGAAAUGAUAGGAAAGAGUUACAAAAACAGGUUCACUUAGUGAAAGCGCCUAUUCUGGAUGCCGGUACAGCGUCACCUAGCGAUCGAAAAGAGAAAACACGGAUACAGGUGUCGUCAAACCACGUGAAGCACGGCCAAACUUCCGGGGAAACUUCGUACGAUUAG